ACGGCGACGUCGGAGUCCGUCGGACGAUUUGUCACGUUACCGUCCGCCGUCCGCAUCCGCACGCAUUCGCUCGCUCGUCGCGCACGCACGCGCACCAACGGCGACGGUGAGCACAACGGUGCGCGACACGGUGCGGUUACAACACUCGAGAUUGUGUUGGUGAUUAAUCAAAAAAAGGCCGUUCGCGAAAAUGGCCGAUGGACGCGAGCCACGGUUGUUUUCCACGAAGAGCCUGUACCAGUUGUGCGUGGCCGCGGUGGUCGACAGGUUCCGCACCUACAAACCGUACCUCGUCGACCUGCCCAAGAGCGUGCGGUUCGAUCUCUAUUAUCAGUUGUACAAAGAGAGGAGACUAUGUAUACUAGGGGCGGAAUUAAGCGAUCUGGAGACUUUCUCCAAGAUGCUCAAGGUCACCAACCGUCGAUUGCACCUCCUGAAAAUAUUCCAGGCGCCGAUGGAUCACAAGAUAAGGAUAGCGGACACCCUGGUCAUCAAUUACAAAUUGUGCUGUUACAAAGAGAGGGAAAAUCCCGUGCCACAGGAUAAACUGAUAAAUCUAGGUUUGAGACUCGGUGGAUUUCUCAGCGAUGCCGGCUGGUAUUUCGAAAGUAAAGAGGUGCUGUUAACUUGUGAGCAGUUAUGUCUGGACCACAGUCGGACCCCCAAGGAUUUGUGCAGAACGUUAGAAUGUUGUCAUAAGCUAUUACAUGCACAAGCGGCGUAUUGCGAUUUCGACGGGGCUGCGGAGACUCACAAGCUUGCCAUGGAAAUAAUAAAAAAGUUAGAAUGGAUGCAGUACAAUAGCAAUCACGCUGCCCUUUUUGCAGAGUUCAGUGUACUAUUUUACAUACGCAGUGAAUACGAUGAAGCUUACAGAUGGAGCAUAGAAGCGUUAAGAGAAUUGAAACCGUCACUUCCCGCGGGGAUCAUUGUCGACGUUCUGAGACAAGCGGCGAAGUCGUGCAUAGUAAAACGAGAGUUCCAAAAAGCCGGUUUAUUGAUCAAGGAAGCAGUAUACCUCGCGAAAGAAGUAUUCGAUACGGAUCAUCCAAAGUAUAGCGACGUUCUCAUCGAUUACGGAUUUUUCUUACUAAACUUCGAUAGCAUCAGCAAUAGUGUAACUAUAUACAAGACUGCAUUAGAUAUUAGAAGAACGAUUUUCGGCAGGACUAAUCUUCAAGUUGCCUUGGCACACGAAGAUUUAGCUUACGCUCUCUAUGUACAUGAAUAUAGUUCUGGCAGAUUUGAUGACGCAAGCGAUCACGCUGGAAUAGCUAUAGACAUCAUGGAAAGACAUCUACCCCCGAAUCACUUGAUGCUCGCGAGCGCUAGAAGAAUAAAGGCGCUUAUUCUCGAAGAAAUCGCUAUAGAUAAUGCAUCUACGCCGUUGUCAGAGCAAAGUCUCUUGCUCAAGUCCGAGUGUCUUCAUUUAUCUGCUUUGGAAAUGUCGAAAACCGCAUUUGGCGAAAGAAAUGUACUAACAGCGAAACAUUACGGGAACCUAGGUCGUUUAUAUCAGAGUAUGAGGAAGUUUCAGGAAGCGGAAGCAAUGCAUCUGAAAGCUAUUGGUAUUAAAGAAGAGCUCUUAGGACCUUACGAUUAUGAAGUAGGCUUGAGUAUAGGGCAUUUAGCUUCGUUGUAUAAUUUCCACAUGAAUCGGUACAGAGAUGCCGAAAAGCUCUAUCAUCGUAGUAUCGCAAUCAGCUUGAAAUUAUUUGGAAAAGGUUAUAGUGGUUUAGAAUACGAUUAUCGAGGACUUUUACACGUAUAUAAUAAGUUAGACGAUUACGAGAAAAUAUUGGAAUACACGGACAUAUUGAAUCAUUGGAAAGAACUUAGAGACAAACACGCUCAAUCUGAGGAGCCACCGAUCGAUGUACAAAAACGUCCACAGCCAAUCGCAAACGUAAUGAAUGUGUUCUUUUCCAUGUGAUAUAUCAAAUAAGUGUGUCUAAUUCAAAUUUUAUGUCGUUGUAUAUCAUUGAGCAACUUGCUGGUCUCCGUUGCGUUUAUAAAACAUUGGAUUGAUGAAAUAGAAGGAACAAAAAACAUUUAUAAAUUGCAUUAGAAAUUUUUAACUUAUUGAUUUGGAAUAUUAUAAUAAUUUUUCGUUUUAUGUUGAUAUUUUAUAACAUGUAGUACCAAUGUCACAUAAGAAAUUGAAUUUCUUUUUCUCUAUCAUCAAUAUGAUAUUAAUUUCGAAUCUGUGCAAUGUUAAAAACCAUUAAUUUAUAAAUUAUUUUUAUUAGUCAUGAUAUUGCAUAAACAUUAUAUGGGAGCUUUUUUGUUAGUUGAGUUGCUGUGUUUGUAUUGAAUUAUAUUUAGACUCGAUGUCUCUACCAUGUUUUAUCUCGAUGUAAUUGAAAUUUUUUGCGCAUAAAAAUAUAUCUUUUUUAAAUAUUUUGUAUUUAUAUAUAUCAUUUUAAUAUAAAUUUGUCAUUGCGUUUUAAUCUGAUUUGUAUAUAUACAUAUAUAUAUUUUAUACUUUACGAUUCGCUUUAUUCGUUGAUGGCUCUGUUUUUAAAGAGAGUCGCUCAGGUUUCAUAUAAAAUAUUUUCUUUUUGUUACGAUUGCUUAUCGAACACAUUUAUAAUACGUUUAAUUCAUUGUUCAUCUCAAGAUUACAAUGAUUGUAGGUUUUUCAUGCAUCGCAUAAUUUUUAAAUAACAAAAAAAUAUUCGAACAUGCGCCUGUGUUUAUAACAAUAAUGUAGUUAAAGAGAUAGGUAUUAAGAAGCUAUUAAAACUCGAUGAACAAUUUGUUGAACA